UCAGAGCAUUCCUAUUACAAUUUAAUCUUGAAGAAAGCAGGACAAUUUUUAUCCAAUUUCCAAAUCAAUCUAUUGAAGCUUGCACUUUCCAUACGGGCAUAUUCUCCAACUGUUCAGAUGUUUCAGCAGAUUGCAGCUGAUGAACCUCCACCAGAAGGCUGCAGUGCCUUUGUGGUUAUCCAUGAGAAGCACACCUGUAAGACUAAUGAAAUAAAAAAGCUGCUGAAGAAGGCUACUAAGAGACCCAGGCCAUAUCUUUUUAAGGUAGAUCAUAAAUUCCCAACUCUCAAAGAGGAUGGACCAGUGGUUAUUCUUUAUGCAGAAAUGGGUACAAAGGAUUUUGUUAAAUUCCACAAGAUUUUAUCUGAGAAGGCGCAAAAGGAGGAAAUUGUUUAUGUUCUCCGGCACUAUGUUCAGAAACCAAGUUCUAGAAAAAUGUAUUUGUCUGGAUAUGGUGUAGAGCUUGCAAUAAAGAGCACAGAAUAUAAAGCAGUAGAUGACACACAAGUUAAAGGAACAAACGAUACAAAAGAAGAGGAAGAUGAUGAUGAUGAGGAAAGUGAUGUCCAAGGAUUUCUCUUUGGCAAAUUAAAACGGAUGCAUCCUGAUCUGAAAAAUAAUCUGAAAGAGUUUAAAAAACAUCUGAUUGAAACUACUAACAACAUGGAACCACUGAAGGUUUGGGAAUUACAAGAUCUUAGUUUUCAAGCAGCUGCUCGAAUUAUGUCUACCCCUGUUUAUGAUGCCUUAAAGGUAAUGAAAGACAUAGCUCAGAACUUCCCAAUAAGAGCCAGAUCAUUGACCAGAGUGCUUGUAGACAAGAAAAUGCGAAAUGAAAUAGAAGAAAAUCAGAAGCAUUUUCAUGAAACGCUUGGAAUCCAACCUGGAGAAGCACGUUUAUUUCUCAAUGGCCUUCAUAUUGACCUGGAUUUUCAUGAUCCAUUUAGUAUCUUAGAGACUUUUAAACUGGAAGGAAAAGUGAUGCACGGCCUUCAUGAACUUGGAAUCAAAGAGGAGAUCCUGAGUAAAUUUAUGAGGUUGCACGUACAUCCUACAGAUGACAAUUAUGCACUAGAUGUUCGUCACUCUUCGAUAAUAUGGGUUAAUAAUAUAGAACAAGAUUACCGCUAUAGCACAUGGCCUGCAAGUUAUCAGGAACUGCUGAAGCCCACAUUUCCUGGAGUUAUACAGCAGAUUAGACGCAAUUUAUAUAAUUUGGUACUUUUUGUUGAUCCUGUCCAAGAAGAUACAGGUGAUUAUAUGAAACUGGCAGAAUUAUUCUAUCAUCAUAAUGUACCACUUAGAAUUGGAUUUGUUUUCAUUUUAAGUACAAAAGAAGAAAUUGAUGGAAAUGAAGACGCUGGAAUAGCUCUUUGGAGAACUUUUAAUUACAUUGCAGAUGAAUCUGAUACCUCUCAAGCCUUUACCUCGAUAAUUAAUAUGUACCAUGAAGUGAAAGAUGGAAAUGUUCUAACAGUAAAUGAUGUGAAAGAUGUUCUUAGAAGUGAAUACCCCGACGCUGAUGUCCAGAGUAUACUAGGUGUUCAUUCUGAAUAUGAUGAAGGGAGGAAGGCAGGAGCAACCUUUUAUAAAAAGACUGGCCUGGGUCCAUUGCCUCAAGCUCUGUUUAAUGGCGUGCCCUUUAACAGAGGAGAGAUGGAUGCUGCAGAAUUAGAGACAGUAAUUCUUCAGAGGAUUAUUGAUGCCACCGGGUUCUUCCAGAGGGCAGUGUUCAUGGGUUUGUUAAAUGAUCAUAUAAAUGCAAUGGAUUUUCUUAUGGAUCAGCACAAUGUAGUUUCCCGUAUAAACCCCACUAUACUCAGAGCAGAAAGAAGAUACAUACAUUUCAGAUCCACAUCUGUUCCAUUUGAUGUGGAAGACUUCUCUACUUUCUCCUUUUUGGACUCGCAAGAUAAAAGUGCUGUAAUUUCAGACAACAUGAAGUAUUUAACAAAAAAGGAUGAAGAUGCAUUAUAUGCUGUUACUGUCUGGAUUAUUGCUGAUUUCGAUAAGCCAGCUGGGAGACGACUGCUUUCUAAUGCCUUGAAACACCUGAAAACAAGCAGUCAUACACGAUUUGGGAUUUUGAACAAUCCUUCAUCAAAAAUAAAGGAAGAUAACACAGCCAUUGCGAGAGGAAUUUUGACCGCUUUUCUAACCCAAAACAACACCAACUUAAAAAAUAUCCUAAGUAAACUCAGUAAGGAAGAGACAGCAAAAUCACUUGCUGCUGGAACUAAAAUUGCUAAAUUCCUCAUCCCAGGAAUGGAUGAUAAUACUUUUGAGAAGAAGUACAACACUUUAGGAGUGGAUAUAAUUAAAACCCACCAGAUGUUCUGCCAGGAGGUUCUUAAGCUGCUUCCUGGGCAAAUGGCUGUUAUGAGCAAUGGCAGGGUACUGGGUCCUUUAGAUGAAAAUGAAUUCUAUGCAGAAGACUUUAAUUUGUUGGAAAAAAUAACAUACAGUACCUCAGCGGAGAAGAUUAAAGCUAUUGUCAAAGAGAUGGGGAACAGUAGUAAAAGUGGCAGUGAUUUGAUUAUGAAAAUAGAUGCCCUACUGUCAUCUUUGCCUAAAACAGAGAUGAGGCAAGAUGCUGAAUUACUCAAAGAACAACACAGUGUAGUAAAAGUUGAUCCCCAACAGAAUGAACCAUUCUAUGAUGUUAUUGCUAUUGUGGAUCCAUUGACAAGAGAAGCACAGAAGAUGUCUCACUUAUUGAUUGUGCUCAAAGACAUCAUCAAUAUGAAACUCCGGUUGUUUUUGAACUGCAGAUCUAAGCUGUCAGAAGUGCCACUGAAGAGCUUCUAUCGUUUUGUUCUGGAACCAGAAUUAACUUACGGGAUCAACAAGCACCUUCCUUCUGAACCUCUGGCAAAAUUCCUGGAACUGCCAGAAUCACCGCUUUUGACUCUAAACAUGAUCACUCCUGAAAGCUGGUUGGUUGAAGCAGUAAACAGUUCCUGUGAUCUCGAUAACAUUCAUUUACAGGAUAUAAAAGGGACAGUUACAGCAGAAUAUGAACUGGAAUAUAUGUUGCUUGAAGGACAUUGCUUUGAUGUGACAGCUGGACAACCUCCUCGAGGGUUACAGUUUACUCUGGGCACAAAGAAUAAUCCUGUAAUGGUUGAUACUAUUGUGAUGGCCAACCUAGGGUAUUUUCAGCUGAAAGCAAAUCCAGGUGCUUGGACACUGCGAUUGCGUAAAGGAAGAUCCGAAGAGAUUUAUCAAGUUUUUUCGUAA